AUGAGUCUGACCUUCCCCACAGAUGAAGACUUCGUCUUCCAGAUAGGGACCAAGUGGUCAGCCGAGACUUCCGGCCGCAGCAGUGCCAUGCCACACAUUAAGACAUACUUGAGGCCUUCUCCAGAUUUCAGCAGAAUCGCAUGGUUCCUUGUCACAAGUGCAAACCUGUCCAAGGCUGCCUGGGGGGCGCUGGAGAAGAAUGGCACCCAGCUGAUGAUCCGCUCCUAUGAGCUCGGAGUCCUGUUCCUGCCAUCAGCAUUUGGCCUAGACAGUUUCAAAGUGAAAGAGAAGUUCUUCUCUGGCAGCCGGGAGCCGACAGCCACCUUUCCUGUGCCAUAUGACCUGCCUCCAGAGCUGUAUGGAAGUAAAGAUCGACCGUGGGUAUGGAACAUUCCUUAUGUCAAAGCACCAGACACACAUGGGAAUAUGUGGGUGCCCUCCUGAGGACCCGAAAGCACUGUGAAUCUUAAGUGCAAGAUGCUGAGCCCCAGAAACCGCCUGUCUCGUUCAUCCUGGGUGUCACUUCCCUGAAAGCCUCACUUGCACCCACAGAACUCUGCAGACCUCACUCUUAUGAACGUGGAUGUUGGUUGUACUCUUCGUGGCCAUGAUUGCAUUCUCACUAAAAAAAAGUAUUAUUUUCUUAAUUCACUCUUAUAUGCUUUAAAAAGAAAACUAUUAAACUUCACCAUGUUAA